AAUCUACACCACCAGCUUCAUCUAAUUCUUAAAUUUCGACCGCGUAACGUACCUGAAUUCCUUUGAAUUUUGUCAACAUUUAUCACGUUCCAGCUAUGGGCUGCCAUCGUACAUAUAUAGUCGAUAAUGCCAGUUUUCUUUGUACUGAUUUCUUCGGAUAGAAUCGUAAAUUCAUUUUUUUUGUUUUAUCUACUAAUUUUCGGCCGCCAAUUUCUCUUAGAAACUGUCCCAAAAAUCUAGCUUGCUUAGUUUAAAUUUCUCCUGGGUUUUCAACAGUUGACUUGAAUUUACUCUUGAUUGGAACUUUUGAAAGAUCUGGGUUUUGGGAUUUUCUUGAUCUGUUUAGCUAAAUUGGUGUAGUUGAGUUAAAAUUUAAUUUUAAGUUUGCUGAUUCCUUUUACAUACGGUAAUUUUAGAUCUAAACUAGCUCUAAGAGGCCAAUUUACAUUUUAAAGAAACCGCUUCAAGAAUUUGUGAUUUCUUGCAAUCCCUUGUGAUUUUUGAUUGAUUAUUUUAAUGGAAGCGAAAGCCCCUGCAAGAAUUGCACUAUGGAAGCAAUCAUCCCUGGCACCGGAGCGGGACCAUGGGUCCUGUGAUGAUCUGGCGGGAGAAAACGAAGAUGGUGAUUUGGAUGAAAUUGAACCGGGAGUAAAGCUAAUGUACUUGACGAACGAGGGAGAUUUGGAUGGAAUUAAGGAGCUUUUGGACUCUGGCACCGAUGUCAAUUUUCGGGAUAUCGAUGACCGGACUGCACUUCACGUCGCCGCGUGCCAGGGUUCCAGUGAUGUGGUCAAAGCGUUACUUGAAAACGGGGCUCAGGUCAACCCCCAAGAUCGAUGGGGAAGCACGCCUCUUGCAGAUGCAAUACAUUAUAAUAACCACGAUAUAAUCAAACUAUUGGAGAAACAUGGUGCGAAGCACUCGAUGGCUCCCAUGCAUGUCAAAAAUGCCCGGGAGGUCCCAGAAUACGAGAUUUAUCCCAGCGAACUUGAUUUUACGAACAGUGUUAAAAUAACCAAGGUAGUUUACUAUGUGCUUUAUCUUAAUAUUUAUGUCCUGCUUUUUGGAGAAAAUCGUGGGUUGCCGUGUCCAUGUCCUUGCAACUUAGCUUCAAGCCCUGUCACAUCAGUUUGUAUGUUAGAUGACUAUAAGUGUCUUCAUGGACUUGGUGACCUUCGUGAAUUUUUGAAAAUAAGAGGAGCACUUAAACCUGUAACAGCUCUCAGAUUUGCUAUGGAUAUUGCCAGGGGAAUGAAUUAUUUACAUGAAAAUAAGCCUGAAGCAAUUAUUCACCAAGAUCUGGAACCCUCAAAUAUUUUGCGGGACGAUUCUAGACAUCUGAAAGUUGCAGACUUUGGAGUGAGCAAGUUACUUAAAGCGGCCAACAGAAUUAAAGAAGAUAAACCGCUUACCUUUCACGACACAUCUCGCCGAUAUAUGGCUCCUGAGCUUUUCAGAAAUGAAGAUUAUGACACCAAAGUGGAUGUUUUCUCAUUUGCUUUGAUCUUACAAGAGAUGAUUGAAGGCUUCCAACCGUUCUAUGUAAAGCCAGAAAAUGAAGUACCUAAAUUAUUUGCUGCAAAAGAGCGUCCUCCAUUUAGAGCCUCUGCGAAGGUUUAUGCCCAUGGACUUAAAGAGUUGAUCGAAGAGUGUUGGAGUGAGAAACCAGCUGACAGGCCGACAUUCAAGCAAAUAAUUCCUAGACUGGAGGCAAUCUAUAAUAGCUUUAGCCAUAAAAGGCGUUGGAAGGUUAGACCAUUAAAGUGCUUUCAGAAUUUGGACUGGAAGAAAGAUAUGUCCAAUUUAGGUAGCCGGAGUCGUUCAUCCAGAUCCACAGGAAGCAUAUAAACUAUUCCAGUAAACCUGCUGAAGUGCAGAUGGUUACCUUUUCCAACACAGUGCUGAACAUUUUUAUUGUUUUUGUAUUUUAUAUGAUACUGUUUGUAGGAUCAAAAACACCUUUUCCAUUCCAUCCUUCCUCACAGCCCUCCAUCCUGGGCUUAGAACAAGUGAAUAGUUACUGUAAUGUAGUGGUAUUGUGAAUGUGUAUAAUACUUAACCCUUUGAUUAACCUUGCUGCUGGAUUUUGUACAUGUAUUUACAAGUCGACGUGGGAAUGAUAUCCUAAGCUUGUCUUUAUUAAUUUAAAUGAAGAAAAGUAUGAUUAUUAUCGGCGUUUUAA